CACGACGGACUCGUGACUCCUGCCCGCAUCCCAUGCUCCGGCGACCACGUCUCUUCAUACUGACUGAAAGAGUGACUCAUUCAGAUCCACAGCCCACCCUUCCCCGGAUUACGUCAAAACAUUGAAAAGACCCCCUCCCCAACUCCUACCCCCUUCCACCAAAACCUUUCCAGAGAAAGAAAGUUUGUGUUUCAGCUCUGAAUAUAUUUCUGAAGCAGUCUACCGUACCGUCCCGCCUUUCUCUACCUCUGCCCUUUUGCGCGCCAAAGUGACGCAGAUGCCCAAAGCGCCAGAUUUCGAUGCAAAGUAGCUCAGAUCGAGAUUGAUUAGCGCUUUGGGAAAGGAAAAGGAAACCCUGGAGCCUUUUCCCAAGGAAUAUCUGACGGAGUGUGAGCAAGUCUCAACCAGUGAGCUCCCUUCCUCCUCCUCCCCUUCCCCCCUCCCCCAGUCUUGUUAGCUGGUGGCUGGGAGAAGCAGCACUGUCCCGCGCUGUGUGACAAGCAUCACCAGGGUGUAAGGCAGUUUCCUCCUUACAGGAGCUUGUAAGAGAGGGAGAGGUUCAGCACUACGUCCCGGACAGCUCCCUGCAAACAGGGGCUCGUGUGCAAGAGCGAGAGAUUCAGCACCACAUCCCGGACAGCUCCCUACAGACAGGUGCUGGUGUGAGCCGGACAGGUUCAGCGCUAGGUCUGGGACAACUCCGUUCCGACAGGUUCUGCACCAGGUCCAGGAUUGCUCCCUCCUGCUUGGACGUGGCUUUGAGCUCCGGAUGAUAAGCGCUACCACGUCUCCAGCAGCUCCAACCUCUCGAAUCAACCCAGCGUGGAAAUGGCAUCUCUCGGGUUCUUCUCGAACGAGUCGGCACAGCGAACCAGUGCCGGAGACAAUUCGACUGCAGCCCCAGCCUGGUGUCAGAUAGCUCAAAAGUUCACUGGCGGCAUCGGAACAAAGCUCUGUGCAUUCUUGUACGGCGAUGGGCAGAGGCCCACAGAAAGUGUUGUAAAGGAGGAAGCAACAUCCCUGGGAGCAAAUCAGUCCUGUACCUGCAACAAAACUCCGUGCACUUGUCAGAAAGUUCAAAUCAACUUUUCCAUCUUGCAUGCAACAGACCUCCUGCCAGCAUGCGAUGGGGAAGGAGUAACUUUCACUUUCUUGGAACAAGUUUUGGACAUUCUCCUUGAAUACAUUUUGAAAACAUUUGAUAGAUCUACAAAAGUAAUAGAUUUCCACUACCCUGAUGAACUGCUUGAGGGAUUUAACUGGAUGCUGGAUGAACAGCCGAAUACUUUGGAAGACAUUCUGGCAACUUGCAGAACCACACUUAAAUAUGCUGUGAAGACAGGUCAUCCUAGAUAUUUCAACCAGCUUUCAACUGGGUUAGAUAUGGUUGGACUUGCUGCCGAUUGGCUCACCUCCACUGCUAAUACUAACAUGUUUACUUAUGAGAUCGCACCAGUGUUUGUCCUGUUGGAAUACAUCACCCUGAAGAAAAUGAGGGAAAUGAUUGGCUGGCCAGGAGGAUGUGGAGACGGAAUCUUCUCACCUGGUGGAGCCAUAUCAAACAUGUAUGCCUUGCUAAUUGCACGCUACAAGCUGUUUCCUGAAGUUAAAGAAAAGGGAAUGACAGCGAUUCCAAAACUGAUUGCCUUCACAUCGGAACACAGUCAUUUUUCAAUAAAGAAAGCAGCAGCAGCUCUGGGGAUUGGGACAGAUGGAGUGGUUCUGAUCAAGUGCGAUGUAAGGGGGAAAAUCAUCCCAUCAGACCUUGAGAGAAGAAUACUUGAAGCUAAGGAAAAGGGCUUUGUGCCAUUCUUUGUGAAUGCUACAGCUGGGACAACGGUAUAUGGUGCCUUUGAUCCUCUUGUGGCCAUCGCUGAUAUAUGUAACAAGUACAAGAUCUGGAUGCACGUUGAUGCAGCCUGGGGUGGGGGUCUAUUGAUGUCCCGAAAACAUCGCUGGAAGCUAAAUGGAGCUGAAAGGGGCAAUUCUGUCACAUGGAAUCCACACAAAAUGAUGGGAGUUCCACUUCAAUGUUCUGCUUUACUCGUUAGGGAAGAGGGACUGCUGCAGAAUUGUAAUCAGAUGAAUGCUUGCUACCUUUUCCAACCUGAUAAGCAAUAUGAUUUGUCCUAUGAUACUGGAGAUAAAGCAUUACAGUGUGGGCGACAUGUUGAUAUUUUUAAAUUGUGGCUGAUGUGGAGAGCUAAGGGUACUAUGGGAUUUGAGGCACAGAUUGACAAGUGUUUGGAGCUUUCAGAUUACUUGUACCAUAAAAUAAGAAACAGAGAAGGAUUCGAAAUGGUGCUUGAUGGAAGACCACAGCACACCAACGUCUGCUUCUGGUACCUGCCUCACAGCAUUCGUCACUUACCAGAUAAUGAAGAACGAAGGAGUUUGCUCAUGAAGGUGGCUCCACAGAUUAAAACUAGAAUGAUGUCAUUUGGAACCACAAUGGUAAGUUAUCAGCCGCAAGGUGACAAAGUUAAUUUCUUCCGCAUGGUCAUCUCAAACCCAGCAGCUACACAAGAGGACAUCGAUUUCCUCAUUGAGGAAAUAGAGCGACUUGGACAGGACCUGUGACUACAAGGUUCAAGAUGUCUGCCCUAAAACAAUGGAAAUGUUGCUAUUGUGUGAAUGUAUUUCAUUGUUUAUCUCCCCCAAACUAGUCUGGUGUGACAUUCACCCUGUCUACAGGCACUGGAGCUGAAGACUCCCUGUGUGAAAUUACGGAGAUUAGAUGUUAUUUAAUGCAAUUAAACAUUUUCUGAAGUUUUAAAAGGUAUGAGUCAUUUACAGCCUGUCGCAUUUGAAACAAAUUAUCCUGAAGCAUUAAGUGCUGAAAUGAUGUAUUAACAGUAAAUAGAACACUUUAGAUAUUUUGUUAUGGUUCUGUGACAGCCCCACUCCAAGCAGAUGUUACACACCAAAAAUUCACAACAUUUCUGUCGUUACUUAUGAAGACCUUUAUCAGCAAAGCUUUUUUUGGCUUCAAAAGCUGCAGAUUUUUGCAAUUUUAUGCAGCCUAGAAAAUAGUCAAUAAUGGAAAUUUAGUUCAUUAAUUUAGCCUCUUCAACUAGAUGCCAGAAAAAUUGUUUAAAAGAUCUGUCCUUCAGAUUUGUGAAAUCAUUAUUAUUUUGGCUCUGCAUUAAAGUGUCAACUUCAGAUAUUCUAUAUUUAUUUUGAUAGAGGGAAAAAAUGUUUUCAUAAUUUUGGUUGCCAUACUUGAAAUUGAAAGUUAGUGUUUGAAAUCUUCAGACCAGGAGUUUACACAUGCAAUGUAUACCAGUGAUGUUGCUCUUCAUGCUAUAAAGAAAUGACAAUUGACAACUCUGUCGACAACUGGAUGGUGUUCAGUGUCUGUGAAAGUGUUUCCUUUGUAGAAGUUUGAGUAAUGUCUAGUUCACCUCAGAUUGAGGCUGUGCACUUUAGAAUCAAACUGUACUGUGUUGAAUAAUAGUGUUUUAAUGUACUGUAGUAUAUUGUUACCACACAUGGUAUAUUUAGAUUUGGUAACAGGAAGUUUGAGUUAAAACUCCGAUAUGGUUCUUCACGCCCAACAUACUCAAAUUUGCAUUAAAUCUUAUAAGCCAGAAUAUCUUUAAGUGUUGUCGAUGAGAAGGCCUUGCCUCUAGCGCUAACAUAAAAUGUGCUGUGCAACUAAUCAGUCAAAGCAUACUGAUGUAGCAGAUGUGUGAAUACUGAAAGGAUAUUCUCACAUGAGUUGGCUAUCACUCAUGCAGUCAAUGUGAAGGCAUAUUUUUUUAAGAAAGAUACUGAUAGAUCCAUCAGACUCCAGUCAGGUCUCUCCUGAUAAUAUAAUCAAACUGUCCUUGAGUUUUAUAGUGUACUGUAAAAGGCUCCAUAUGUUAAACAUGACAGAGGGAAAACUUAACAUUAAAGCCAAAUAAUUCCAUUUUCAUACCAAGAGUAACUGGCACUUGGAAUAGUCUCUCUCACGGAAGCAAGGACUGUGAAGUUAUUUAAGAGCUACUUGGUUUUUCAUUGGAAGGAAUUUACAUUAAUCUAUGUAGAUUCUGGUGAAAUAUAUCUGAUUGUAAUUAAAAUUAAAGUAUUUAGCAAUAUUAGUUUUUAAAAGCUCAGCUUUGCCCAUCCUGUUAAAGUAGACUUUUGCUCAGACAUGUGAAACAAGUCCACGUCACAAAUGGAUAUCAUUAGUCUUGUGAUGUCAGCUACUACAUUGAGUGUAUACAGUACUUACUGUAUUAAAUUUUAAAAUGAUAGACCAAUUUUAAGGGAAUCAAGGGGCAUGAGGAAGAAGUGGCAACAUGGCAUUGAAAUAGAGGACCAGACAUGAAUGGCAGAUCAGGUUCAAGGGCAACUGGCCAACUCCUGCUCCUUGUGUCUACAUUUCCAUGUCAUUUUCAUGGGUAUAUUUAUCAUUUGUGUGAUAUUCUAUUCAUGUGAUACUUUUCUGAUGCAUCAGUUAAAUAAAUACUUAUUCCUCCAACAUUGGCAAAUAACACUUAAUUAGUUUACAGUAUGCAUGCUAAAUGAUUGGCAGUAAGACAUCCCUUUAUAGUGAAAAACAAGUAGCUCAUCCUGUGUGAACCAUAUAUUAAGCUACUUAGAUUAUCAGAAACUAGUUACACAAAUCUCUUCAGUGAAUACAUUUUUUAAAGAAAAAUGUGCUCAGUGAUCCUCCACAUAAAGAGCAUAAGAGCAUGUACAACUGUACAAAAUAUGAGCAGGAGUAGCCCCUAGGGCUUGCUCUGUCAUUCAGUAAGGUCAUGAUUGGUGUUCGGCCUCACCUCCACUUUCCUGCUUGCUCCCCAUGUCACUUGACUCACUGUGAUAUCAAAUUCUAUCCAUCAUAGCCUUCUAUAUAUUCAAUGAUGACAUGUACACAACAUUCUGGAAUAGAGAAUUCCAAAAUUUCACAGGCCUCAGAGUAUAAAUUUUUCUUCUUAUCACAGUCCCAAACCAUUGAACUCUUUUCCAAAAACUGUGUCCCAAGUUCUGGAUUUCCCAAGCAGGGGAAACAAACUCUCAGCAUCUCCCGUUCAAGCCCCUUCUGAAUCUUGUUUGUAUCAAUGAUAUCACCUCUCUUUCUAGGACAACCAUCUCAGUCUAGGUCCCAGUCUAGUGAAUCUUUCUUGUAAGAUCUCCAAGGUAAAUAUAUCCUUCCCUCAAUAUGGCAACUAAAACUGUACACAGUAUUACAGCCCUAUAUAAUUACAACAACACUUCAUUGUUCUUUUACGUCAGUGCCCUUGCAGUAAAAGUCAAUAUGCUAUUUGCCUUCCAAAGUAUUUGUUAUAACAACAUGUUAACUUUCUGAAUUCUUGUACAAGUAAACCCAAAUGUCUCUAAACAUCAACGAUACCCAGUUACAUUACAGCAUUGGCUCCUGAAGACAGUGAAAAGCAUUAUCAUGAUAAAAUUGAUGUUCAUAAAUGAUAUGGACAUGCAAGCUCAAAGUGGUCAAAUUGGCACGUGGCAUCAUACUAAAUCGGUUAGUGUCAGUGGAAGAGGUAUUGAGGUUGCUUGGCUUAUCGAGCUGGUUUGUUGUUUCACAGACAUUUCGUUAUCACACUUAGUAACAAAACAUCUGAAAAACAAAAAAAACAGCUCAACAAGCCAACCAACAUCAACACCCACAACCUAAGCUAGAGAUCUACCCGAAAACCUUAGGGAAGAGGUAUUUCAGAAAUUACAAAAUAACUUGGGCAAAGGUAUGUAACUGGACAGAACAACGGUAGAUGAGAUUAAUGCAGAAGCAUGUUCAAUGUUGCUCAUAAUGGAAUAUAAUUAAAUUCCGCAAGCUGUAUAAAAAGGAGUGGAGCAUUAAGCUGAACAAUACCCAGGAAUCUGAAUAAUUCUGUUAAACAUGUCUAUCCGGUGCAGAGCAGCAAUCUCAUUUCCAAUCAGAAACUGAACUCCAUAGUCAAAACGUAGACUAUCAAUCAGACGAGGUGGUGAUGAAACUGCAUCAUCUUCUGGCCAGGUUAUAGUUUGGGUACUGUAUUCUGUUCUAGUGACUGUGAAAUUAAAGUAAUAUUCCAGCAUAGGAGGCUGUACUGAGAAGAGUAGCAAGACUGAUGUAACAGCUUCUAAAUUAUUGGGUAAGACUGUAGGUACUCAGCAAAAUUUGGAGCUAUUGGAGUGGUAAUCUUAUGAAGAUAAGUAAAAUAUUUCAGGGUAUGAGCAUUUAAUACAAAAUAUUGUUUUAUGUUGGGGUAAUAAAAGAAAGAGACUUAAGGUCAAAUGAUAUUAGUUAAUUUUAAACCUGAUGUAAGGAGAUAGUUGUUCAAAAAAGUGUGAUUAAUGGGUGCAAUACAUUUCCACAUAGGCCUGGUUGAGACAAAAUCCAUGAAAAUAUUGAAGACCAAGUUUGAUAUACAACAUUGGGCGAUUAGCAUGUCUAGGUGGAUGAAUCAAGAUAGGUCAACUGGCCUUCCUUACCUGUAAUAAUCUUGUGAUCUUACACACAUAUAAUGAUUCUAACAUUGCCAGUAAUGACCAAAUCACUGCUCUAAAUAAGAUGAAUUCAGAAAGGUAACUAAAAGUCCACAGUGGUCAUAGUUGGACUUGCUGAUGCCUAACUUAGAUAAAAGGUGACUCAUUUGUACACCAGAUAAUACAUGAAGAGUUUUGCUAAAAUUAUUUUCCCAUUGUUGCACUAACAAUCUGUGAAAUUUUACUUGGGUCAUUGUCACCUCGGGCAUUGCAUGUUGCUGAAACAUUACCUAAUUGACCAUUCUAUUUAAAGUUAAAACUUUAGCUUAUCAAGAUCUAAUGUGAAUUAGUAUGUGUUGGGUUGGGGAAGACCACUGACUGGACAAACUGUGUAACUGUCUUAGUCAUGUCCAUUUAACAGGCUAGGAUAUGCAUUCCAUUUAUUUAGCAGGAUCGACAGAGUCAAAAUAUGUGAUGUCAAAAAAAAAUUGUGAAGUGAUUUUCUUGCAUCUAAUAUAUACUUUGCAGCAUUCUUUCCAAUAUGGAACUGUGUUUUGGAAUCUGAAUAGUAAACACUGUCCUGUGUCUUUCCUGUUAAGAUGCUUGUUGUAUAUCCAGCCAGCUACAGGCAGUUUGACCUGUAAUAAAGAACUUUAGUGUUUA